UCACUUCACUUCAGGCAACGUACAAGCCUGAGAUUUAGGAGGGAGGUUAUGGACAGAGAUUAAAGAACAUGGAAGUUGUCAGCACACGGACAGAGACGCGUGCUUUUAAGAGUGCGUCAGGACAAAAGGAAUUCUAAGAUAGAACCUGACAUUUAGGGAAACUGACAUUUAGGAGAUGGGCCGGGGUACAGGAGCCUGAAAAAGGCCUCAGCAGAGAGUUGCAGGGAGAGCCCAGAGCGUGUACAGUCAGGGAAGUGGGGGCAGGGAGUGUGUCUAGAAGGAGCAGGUGGCCAACAGGGUCAAAUGUUAGGGAGAGCCUGAGCGACAGAGGACCAGACGAUAGUGACAUUAGUGACGCGCGAGUCCUGCGUGACCAGCUGAGGGCAGUUCAGAUAGAGCAGCAGAGGCCACAGUUGACUUAAGGCGUGAGCAACCUGGGCGCAUAGAUAUCUGGCUGUAAAGGGGAGGAGAGGUGACGCUCACUAGCAUAUAAAGCUGAGGGUAACGACAUGUCUACCACUGUUUCCACAUCCAUCUCUUUCUGUUUUAGAUUUAAGAGACUUGAGUCUAUUUAACAGCUAAACAGAAGGAGGGAGUGGGGAGGGAGACAUCGAACCUACAGGAGGGAGGAGAGGAAAAGAAAAGGCUAUGUUUGCAGGAAACGGAAUCCACGACAGGUGGAUGAAGAUAGCUGCCUCGACAGAGAGAAGGAUACAACUUCUACUGAGCCAGAUAGGAAGGAGAGAUGAGGAGGACGGGUCGGGCGGCCAAGCAGCCAUGCCUACCUGGGGGGCCGGCUCCCUGUCCCCUGACCGCUUUGCGGUGUCUGCGGAGGCCGAGGACAAGGUGCGGGAGCAGCUGCCCCGCGUGGAGCGCAUCUUCAGGGUGGGGAUGAGCGUCCUUCCGAAGGACUGUCCUGAGAACCCUCACAUCUGGCUGCAGCUGGAGGGCCCCAAAGAGAACGCCAGCAGAGCCAAGGAGUAUCUGAAGGGUCUCUGUAGCCCGGAGCUACAGAAUGAAAUCCACUACCCACCCAAACUGCACUGCAUCUUUCUGGGAGCCCAGGGCUUCUUCCUUGAUUGCCUGACUUGGAGCACAUCUGCCCACUUGGUGCCUGGAGUGCCCGGCUCGCUGAUGGUCAGUGGCCUGACUGAGGCCUUCGUCAUGGUCCAGAGUCGAGUGGAGGAGCUGGUGGAGCGGCUGAGCUGGGACUUUCGUCUGGGGCCAUCCCCUGGAGCCUCUCAGUGUGCUGGAGUGCUGAGAGAGUUCUCUGCCCUGCUGCAGGCCCGGGGGGAUGCCCACACAGAGGCCCUGCUGCAGCUGCCCCAGGCCAUCCAGGAGGAGCUGCUGAGCCUGGUGCAGGAGGCAUCCCGGGGGCAGGGGCCCCAAGCAUUCCUGUCCUGGGGGUGGGGGGGCCCAGGUCCGCUGGGCGCUCAGCAGCAGGGAGUCAGGACUCCCCUGGGUGACAGUGGAGUGUCUCUGGACACAGGACCUACAGGGUGGCAAGAGUCAACGGGAGAGAGACAUGCCGUGGAGAAGGAGGGGACAAAGCAGAGUGGUGCCAGGGAGAUGGAUUUGGGGUGGAAGGAAUGGCCCGGGGAAGAGGCCUGGGAGAGACAAGUGGCCUUCAGGCCACAGUCGGGAGGAGGAGAGGCCGGGCAGGCAGGGCCUCCAAAAGGGAAGGCCCUGGGGAAGGAGGGAGUGCCCCAGGAAAGAGGAAGGCUCGGGGUCCAGGGCCAGCCUCCUGGUACCCAGGGCCCCUAUCAGAGGGCAUCUCAGCUCCGGGGAGCCUCCCUCCUCCAGCGGCUCCAUAAUGGGGAAGCCUCACCUCCAAGAGUGCCCAGCCCCCCACCCGCGCCUGAACCCCCGUGGCACUGCGGAGACCGAGGGGACAGGGGAGAGCGAGCAGACAAGCAGCUGGUUGUGGCUCGAGGCCGGGGGUCUCCAUGGAAACGAGGCACCCGGGGGGGCAACUUGGUGACUGGCACACAGCGUUUCCAGGAGGCUCUCCAAGACCCUUUCACCCUGUGCCUCGCUAAUGUGCCGGGCAAGCCAGACCUCCGCCAUAUCGUCAUCGAUGGCAGCAACGUGGCCAUGGUGCACGGCCUCCAGCACUACUUCUCCAGUCGGGGCAUCGCCAUUGCCGUGCAGUACUUCUGGGACCGAGGCCACCGCGACAUAACUGUCUUUGUGCCUCAGUGGCGUUUCAGUAAGGACUCCAAGGUCAGAGAGGGUCACUUCCUGCACAAGCUGUAUUCCCUCAGCCUGCUCUCCCUCACACCCUCCCGGGUCUUAGAUGGCAAGAGGAUCUCCUCCUACGAUGACAGGUUCAUGGUGAAGCUGGCUGAAGAGACCGACGGGAUCAUUGUCUCCAACGACCAGUUCCGGGACCUGGCAGAGGAGUCUGAGAAGUGGAUGGCAAUCAUCAGAGAGCGCCUGCUGCCUUUCACCUUUGUGGGAAACCUCUUCAUGGUGCCGGAUGACCCCCUGGGGCGAAAUGGCCCCACCCUGGAUGAGUUCCUGAAGAAACCUGUCAGGGCACCGGGGUCUUCUAAGCCUCAGCAUUCUGCCAGGGGCGUCACAGAGCACAGUAAUCAGCAGCCGGGGAGAAAAGAAGAGGAAAAAGGCAAUGGUGGCAUUCGGAAGACGCGGGAGACAGAGCGGCUUCGGCGCCAACUGCUGGAGGUGUUUUGGGGCCAGGAUCACAAGGUGGACUUCAUCCUGCAGCGUGAGCCGUACUGCCGGGACAUCAACCAGCUCUCUGAGGCCCUGCUUAGUCUCAACUUUUGAGCCUCACCUGGCUGAGUGGCUGCCCCCCCGCUCAGCUCCAGUCUCACCCAGUUCAGCUCAUCCUGUGAGGUUCCCUCUGCUGCUCACACCCCGCCCCAGUCUCCCCCUGAGUUGGUGCUUUGUGUCAGGGAAGUUCUGAGGAAGAGCAUUCGUAUGUGAGGAAUGCUCUGGUGUGGAGCACUUUGGGGACAGGUCCAUGACGUGACCUGAUCUCAUCUUGAGUCAGGACCUCGACCAGCUCUCAGGAGGUUCUUCUCAGCCUUAACUUCUCAACCUUGCCUUACGCAGGGUUUCUGUAGGGAGUGGGGGCUGCUGCAAGGGGUGGGUUCUGGAGAUUGGGACUGCCUCCUCCAUGCCGAACUGGGGGUGGAGGCUAGGGUAGGUGGGAGGGGAAUGGAGAACAGGUGGCCGGGAAGCUAAGCCUUUCCUCCUUGUGGCUGCUGCUCUGAAGGCCAGAGGACAGGGAUGCUUCCCAGGCCUGGCUGGGCUCCUGGGCACACCAAAGGGAAUGCUGGCCCCUGGAAAGGCUAGUGUUCUGGGGUCUGGGUCACAGUGGGGCAGCAGCGAGCUGGUGGAGAAGGCAGAGGGAGGCUUGGCUUCUGGUCUCAGCUGUGCCUGCCUGUCACCUUGACCGAUCUUGGUCUUUACUUCUGCCUACAAGAUGGGGGUAAAAAUGCGUUGGGAGGAGAGAUGAGAACGUGGAGGAAAACCCUUUGGACGAAAGGUACUUGGACCAAGUCUCAGGUGUGUCUGUCUGUGGUUGCACAGGCUUCUUAACCAGAACCUCACUUUCAGAGAGCUGAGGGUCCUCUGUCCCCAGGGCCUGUGCCCUGGAUUUUAACACUGCACCCUCAGUAUAAUGUGCCCUGUAAUGGCUGCGUCCCUUUUGGGCAACCCUCCCCCCCAAUCCACAUUUACAGAACAGGUGAUUAGGGUGACUGCAUUACCAGUAAACUCUCAGGGUUUGUUCCUCUCAACGGCAGCUCUCCUGUUGCAUCCAGGUGUUUGUUUACAGAUGAACGAAUGUGUCGGAUAGUCCCAGUCUCUGGUUAACGCACUUGCUCGAGCGCUGAGCAGUCACCAAACCGAUGAAGCCAUGUUCUGUGAGGACAGCGAUCGUGUGACCCGACCCCAGCAUUUUCUCUACCGGACAGAUAUGUCGCAUAAAGUGAAUCCCACUUCUGCUCUGUGUGUGCGUGUGUGCAGAUGGGAAGGGUCUACAGAGGUGGCACCUAGAGGAACUAAUCUGGAAAAUGACAAUAGAAGGACCAGAGUCGGACCAACUGCUGUCACCUCAGGACUUUCUUUGUCCACUUUGGUUCCUACAUGUCAUUGUCCUGUAUCUGCUUGAAGUCCUCCGGUGCCAGGGACUCUACGACCUCCGAGGCAGCACAUUCAUCCAUAGACAGUACCAGUCAGUCCUUCCUUCAGUGCAGCCCUAAACAUGCUUCUGUUACUUCUACCUUUGAGGCCAGUCGUUCCCUCAGGAACAGUACAGAGCCAGGCGACUUCCCAGAGUCCAAGACCGGAUAAAGAAGUAGGACAGGUGCCUCUGGGUUCAGAGCUGUCUGAGCCCUGCAGCAAGUCCCUGGACAAGGCCCUCUUUUUAGGCUCUGACUUCUGCUGCCUGAGUGAUACAGGGAGUUGAAAUCACCUGAGAUCCUCAUACCAGCAACUAGCAUGUGGAGGUGAACGAUGGAGGCGGCCCUUGGGUCCCAGUGUUGCCACCCUUCCCCAUGGCUGAGGCGCACACUAAGCAGGGCUGGGGGCAGUGGUAUUGGGGAGAGCCUAGCUGGGGCGGUGACAGUGAUUCAGAGACAACCCACAGUCCCCUCAGAAGAAAAGAAACUGGUUAGCAUGGUCUGAAUUGGGAGCUAGGGGAAUUACUUCUAGUUAAACUGUGGCAGAAGUCAGGGUUGAUAGAGGGAGAUGGUCCUCGAUGAAUACUUGGGACUUUUUUCCCCCGAAAUGUUCAAGUUUGUAGUUUUUGAUAGGUUCCUUGUACCUUUCACUUUCAGUGCUGGUGGAUGUGCAGUGGGCUUGAGGUAACAUCUGCCCUUUUGUGCUAGGGACUCUGGUUGACUGAAGCAGCCUGAGAUGAGAGGCAGGUCCUUAGCUACCGACAGUCCUAAGCUUUGCACAGCUUUGUUCCUGCUGCAGCUUGAUGAACAGGCCAGUGUGUGAUUGUUUAUCAGUUCACUGCUGUCCAGUGACAGGCCAGAGGCUGUCCUAGACUCUGGCCUUGUUUCUUCCUCUGCUGGUACCCUAAUAGCAUUGUGUGAACAAGUUAAGUAUGCAGGGUGACCACACCGCCCACUGGAAAUGGAUCACUUUUCCUCUUGUCUUCUCGCCUCUACCUGUGUUAUAACCUUGUGCCGCAAAUCUGUUGCCAGCUCUUUCAGCAGUCAAGGGACCAAGAAGGGAGAUGCUGCCCAUUACCAUUUUCAAAGCUCCACAUAAAGGGAAGGGUCAUCUCGGAGGACAUUCCUUGAAAUAAAUUUCAGGAGAAUCUAGAACAAA